CUACUCUGAGGCAGCAAGCCUACAGCUGCAAAGAUCUCAUUAUCGAAUUGAGCAGAAUUAGAAGGUUGUAAUAUGUAAAUACACAGUAGGCGUAGCAGAUGUCUGUCACAAGUUGGAGCAGCAUUACUCAGCUCUAGGGCAGCUGGGAGUUGCUGUGCAGGAUCCCCGCCCCCUGAGAGUGGAGGAAGAGAAGACUAGCUGGAGGCAGAGACAUAGGAAAGAAAUGUAUGCGUCAGGUUACAAGAAAACCCCUAUGGCAUCAAAGGGUGCGGAAGAAAAGAAGGUCAUUCCCAGGACUCUGAAGAGCAAAGUGGGCACUUUUCAGGGAAGAGGAAACCCAAGGGAGUCCAUUGAGAAACUGCCUAUUGAGCUGGGGCUCCACAGCAGAAAGCCCGGGCUAAAUGGCAGAUUCUACAGAAAACAGCGGCCCAUCGUGGAUGAUGUGGUCAUGGUGAAGGUCCUGGCCAUCUUUGAAUAUGGAGCCUACGUUAUGCUGUUGGAAUACAAUGGCAUUAAAGGUAUGAUCUAUCUCAAGGAACUCUCCAGCAAGCGCAUCCGCUCAGUUAAGAGGAUUCUCAAGCUGCACAGGAAAGUGUGCCUCAAGGUGAUCAAGGUUGAUCAGGACACAGGUUAUAUUUACUUGUCUAAAAGACGGGUUACACCAGAACAAGUAAAGAAAUGUGAAGAUAAGUACAAAAAAUCUAAAACUAUUUUCAGGAUAAUGUGUCAAGUAGCAACGGUACUGGGCAACACAGAGGAUGCGGAACUAGAAAGUCUAUGUGCAAGAACUGCAUGGGUGUUUGAUGACAAAUACAACUCUCCCGGAUAUGGAGCCUACGCUGCAUUUCAACACGCUGUCUUUGACCCCUCAGUUCUCGAUGGCCUGACCUUAAAGGAAGAAGAAAGGCGUGUUCUUAUUGACACCAUUAACUGCCGACUGGUGCCACCAGUUUUGAAAAUGCAAGCAGAUGUUGAAGUGGCAUGCUAUAGGUAUGAAGGCAUCGAUGCUGUAAAAGAUGCACUGAGAGCAGGGCUGAGCUGUUCCACGGAGAACAUGCCAAUUAAGAUCAAUCUCAUUGCUUCCCCUUGUUAUGCAAUAUCUACAACUACCCAGAAGAGAGAAGAAGGCCUUUUUGCUUUAAACCGAGCAAUGCAGGUUAUCAAGGAAAAGAUUGAGGAGAAAAAAGGAAUAUUUAAUGUCCAAAUGGAGCCUAAGGUAAUCACGACUACAGAAGAACUACAGCUUGCACAACUGCUGAAGCGACAAUAGAGAGAGGAUGAUAAAGAAGAACUUUGAAGCAAUCAUUCAGAAAUCUGAGAUUCAAGAACUAUUUUCUUCUUCUGGAAGUCUCCUCAGUUCUUUGAAGAUCACAAACAUACUCUGUAUAUCAAAUGCACUUUUAUUCCAGGAUGUUUUGUUAGGAAAGAAAACGUUCCUGUUCCUAAAUAAUGAUUUCAAGCUACAGAAAUGGGGCCCGUUAUCCAGAAUGCUUGGAACCUGGGGUUUCCAGAUAAACGUUUCCAUAAUUUGGAUCUCCAUACCUUAAAUCUACAAAAUCUACAAAAAAUAUAUUUACAUGAUUUGAUUGGCAAAUGACAAUGCAAAACUCACACACCAUUUCUUGCAGAACACUGCAACUUUAUGUAUAUUGAUUCAUGCCAAGUGUGUAAGGGGAUACACAGAGCAAUUGGUGUGAAUGUUACUGUUACUGUACUGAAAUGUGUAGGAGUGAUGUGAAGUAAAUAUGUUAAUGUUAUAAAUCUGUGUUUAAAACAAAA